GCCCAACACACACACGCCGCCUCAGUUAUUUAUGAAUUAUUCAAUAUAAUUUCGAUAUUAUUUUUAAUGACAUAAGCAUAAUUAUUUUUAAUGAUAAUUGUUAAUUUAAUUCAAUUAAGAAACUAUUCAGUGUAAUGUUAAAAACGUGAAUUUGUGACUUUAUUUUUUUUUUUAUUUUAAUUUUUUUAUUUAUUUUGGUGUUUACGCAAGUGACAGAAUUAUGGGUACGGACACAACCACAGAGAGCACAGAUAGUGACACCGUACCAGCGGCGAGCCAUCCGGAUCAUGAAGCAACUCAUUCUGUAGUCGGCGGAGCACACGCCUUUAUUCUUAGGAUAUCAAGUUUCCUCGGGCUGGCUCCUCUGAGGUUCCAGGACCACAGCAAUGGGUUCAUGGUGUCGAUAUCAAACCCGAUGUGUAUAUACAGUUACAUACUAGUCACUGUUUUAGUUAUAACGGCAAUAAUAGGCCAUAUAUCAGAGAUCUACGUAGGCGUCAAGCUGUCAGUUCGCAUGUCAUCUCCGAUGUCGCAAGUGGUGUCUACAUGUGACGUCAUGAUAGUCGUUGCUACAGCGUGCGCAGGAGUCUAUGGAGCGCCCAGAAGAAUGAGGAAUAUGCUUAAAUUCAUGGGCAGUGUAGCUUCGGUGGACAACAGCAUAGGCGGGCGGUACUCCGUGGCUACAGAGCGCAAGCUCUGUGCAAUCCUGCUCUCGAUUUUGACCUUCUUCACAGUUCUCAUUAUAGACGAUGUAUGCUUCUAUGCUAUCCAAGCCAGGAAGGUCGACAGACAAUGGUCCGUGGUGAUAAACUACAGUACAUACUACAUCCUGUGGUAUGUGGUGAUGAUCUUGGAACUCCAGUUCGCCUUCACAGCGCUGUCCAUACGAGCGCGGUUCCAAGCUGUUAAUGAUGCUCUAGCGCUAACUGCCAAGAAUGUCUCUGUUCCCUUAGAGAGCUCUACAGAGCUAAACAUCUACGCGAUUCGUGUAGCCCCGGCCGACUCCCGCGCCAACGUCAGUUUGCUCAUGGAGCCUGUGCCGGAGAAGGACGCUGUCAUCAUCAAAAAAGCUGCGAAUGGCGAUCCCCGUCUCAUAGUGUCUCCAAGCGACGCUGUUCACCGCUUGUCUACCCUCCACGGUUCACUCUGCGAAGUAGUACAGUGCAUUGAUGAGAACUACGGAGUACCGCUUGUAGUAGUUCUCAUAUCUACAUUACUACAUCUGAUUGUGACUCCGUACUUCCUUAUCAUGGAAAUUAUUGUGUCAACACACAGGAUACACUUCCUGGUGCUUCAGUUCCUGUGGUGCGCCACUCACAUGAUGAGGCUCAUCGUGGUCGUCGAGCCGUGUCACUAUACUAUAUUUGAGGGCAGGAGAACACAAAGUCUCGUCUGUCGUCUGCUGAUGGCGUCUCCAAUCGCGAACACCACAUUGCCGACCAGGCUGGAGUUGUUCUCCAGGCAGCUCAUGCUGCAGACCACGUGCUAUGCACCCAUGGGCAUGUGUACCUUGGACAGACCACUCAUUGCUUCUAUAUUGGGUGCAGUGACAACAUACUUAGUGAUACUGAUACAGUUCCAGAGAUACGACUCACUAUAAUGUCGGACACGUACAGUCUGCCACACAUCAAUCCACCCAAACUCAUUGCAAACUCGCCCUUAUUACCGCGGUAUAGAUAUGGCCAUGGUAACUUAUAAUGGGGUCAGUACAUCUGACUAUGUAUAUAUAAAAAAUUCAGGGCAUUAAUCUCAUUGCGUACUAUUGUAUGCUGCAAGUCUA